AUGACUAAGGUAACCAGGAAGCCACGGCAGUCAAGAAGAGUUGCAAUGCGGUUUGCUUCAAAGAUGAAUGGAAAAAAGAAGACCCUUUGUCAACGGAGGUACAGAGGCAGUGUGAAGGCACGAAAUAUGACCAUGAGGGUGAGAAGACCUCUACAAGGAACCAUGAGAAAGAAGAUCCGAUCAUAUGCCACUCAAUCGAAGAAGGUGAAGAAAACAAGAAAACCAAACUGUUUUUUCUGUUCCUGUGGACGUAAGAAACUGAAUCAAAGCCGAAAAAGGUACCAAAAUAUGAGGCAGAGUCAAAGAAGGAGGCAAAAUCAAAAGAGAAGAUAA